AAAAUGUAAACUGAAAAUUUUAGGGAAUGACAGAAAGGACUUGAAAGAGGAGAUCUUGUAACUGCAGGCUAUCACAAAGGUACGUAUAUGCCAAAUUCUUUUUAUAUAUGUAUAUAGUAAAAGGUGUCAUACGAGGAAGCAGCCACUUCAAUUCGCUAAAAUAGCGCAGGGACUAUAAUCGACAGAGGAAGGUAGGAAGAGGGUUAAUCCUAUACGAAAUCCACCUUCCCUUUCCAUCUUUUCCUUAUAAGAAACGAAUGGGGAGAGAAAGGACUAAAAUUUUGUCUCAAGUCUCUGUUGACCAGACGUAGAAUUACUUCCACUUCUCGCCCAUUUUCUGUGGGGUCGUGCCGGUCACUCGUUCACUACAAAAGUCGAUCGAUAUCGAUUAAUUGAAGUGUAUAAGUAAAUGUCCUGGUGAUGUACGAAAAAUAAAAAUAUUAAUGUGGGGCGCCAUCGUUGGGGUUGUGCUUGGUGUGAAGAACCGUGAUUAUAAUUUAUGUAUUAAAAAAUUAUAUUUACACUUAAGCUUAUAUACGUGAAUUAUGCGAAGAAAGAUAUUUUCAGUAUCAUUCAUGAUCAUGAACCCAUUAAGUACGAAAAAAAAAUAUCGCCGAGUUGUAAUUUUUACUCUGUAUUUUAGUUUGAUCGCAAUGGCUACAGCACGUCGGGCAGCUGUCAAUGACAUAUUCGUUUGCUUCGUGUAAAUUUUGUGAUGUACAAUUUUCAAAUCCGUCUGUUUAUCAAUGAAUAUGAUUUACAUUAAUAGAUAAUGAUUACUAUUAUUUUUGGCUAUUCUACUAAAGAGAGUAAUAGUUUUUAAAAAAAUCCACAGUGUUUUUUUGUUAUAAUGGAGGAUCUCAAUUUGACAGAAACUGAGAUGAGAUAUUUCAGUGACUUGUUUUUGUGUUGUGACGAGGAGUCCAAUGGGAAAAUACCGAUUUUAAAAGCAACUGAGUUGUUUAGAUCAUCCAAUGUACCAAACAAUAUAUUAUCGCAGAUCAUGGAUAUCAGCGUAGCUCCAAAUAACCAUGCAUCUCUAAAACAUAUGAAUAGAAAACAAUUUUAUUCUGCACUCAAAUUAAUAGCCGCACAUCAGACAAAUAUGACAUUAAAACCUGAACUGUUAUCAACACCACUGGAUCUUCCUCUGCCGAGAUUUACUUGGGCACUUAAUUCUGAAGCCAAUUCAGAUCUAAUACAGUUGUCAAAUUCGCCCAAAGAACAAUAUUUACCUAAAAGAGAGAGAAAUUUUGGAAACCUUGGUGCAUAUGAACCCAUUAGAUUGUCAUCUAAUUUGUCUGACAGUGAUCUACCACAAGCAUUGUCUCAUGAUACUGCAGAAGGAUUGAGUACAGACUCAGAAAUAGAAUCGGAAACUAUGUCACAAAGAUCUGGAUCAUGUGGAAGGAGAGUUAAGACUGGGUCACCAUGGAGCACAGCCAGUGAGAGCCCUACACCAACUAACAGUGUAGCGGAGCGAGUGCACCCAGUGUGGGAGCACAGUGCCACCGGACGUGGCGUUUGGCCCACAAACACCGCUGAGGAACAUACGCGGCUAUUAGGUACGGAAGAAGAGUCAUCAGACCGACAUUCAUCUGAGGAGGAGGGCGAGGGUGAGGCGGCGGGGGGCGCGGCGCUGUGGGCGGUGAGCGAGGCACAGGCGCGACACUACGCCGCCCAGUUCACGCAACUGCGCCCCGAGUGCGGCCUGCUCUCCGGACACACCGCCAGAAUGUUCUUUGAAAAAUCUCGGCUGUCGGUGACCGAUCUUAGAAAAAUAUGGCAGCUAUCAGAUAUCACCAAAGACGGCAUGCUGACUCUCGAAGAAUUCAGCAUAGCGAUGCAUUUGAUCGUGCUGAGGCGGAACAACAUCCCCGUACCGGACGUGCUGCCCGCCUGCCUCGUGCCCAGGGUGGACUCGCACUUCUCCCAGCAAGCUGUCACCACUGAUCUCGUCGACCUCGGCUCGGACAUGUUCAGCUCCGGCACCUCCGCCGAUUUCAACUUCGCACCCAAACCGGAACCUAACGAUCCCUACGAAAGUAUACCCGCAAAGAAGCCCGAGGACCGGCCCCCGUCACUGACCCCACCCAAACCGGAGCCACAGGUCAACAACAAGGAGUGGACCAAGUUCGUCGACGACUCGCCCACGUUGAGCGUCUCCAGUCCCGGGCCCAAGCCGGUCAAUUUCGACUUCCAAAAGUCGGCAGUGGAGAGGGAUCCCAAAAUUUUCCAUCCCGUCGCGCUGAGAGUGACGCCCGACGCGAGCGCGCUGCCGGCGCACGGGGAGGGCGACAUGCGCGCCAGCACCUCGCCGCGCCGGGACGACUUCGCGCACGCCUUCGAGCUGGCCAGCCCCAAGCGCCUCGCCGCGCAGCCGGACCCGCCGCAGAACGGUAACAACCAGGAGAUAAAGGCCAUCCAGCGACCUCAGCCGAAGAAACCCGUCAAGAGCGCGGGCGUGCUGCCGCCGCCGCCCGCCCGCGAGCCCUCGGUGCACGCGGACGACGGACCCCAGUCGCUGCAGUACCCGCCCAAGAAGGAGCCGCCGCCGCCUCCGCCACCGCGCCCUCUGCGCAACCACGCGCGCUCCAGCUCGCUCGACCUCAACAGGUUCAAGGGCGCACCCGCGCCGCCCCCGCAGCCGCCGCCGCGAAUGUCGCCCUCCGCCACCUCGCCGCCCGCGCGCCGCCUCCACAACCAGCGGAGUGAGGGCGAGCCCGCCUUCCCGCCGGACGCGUUCGCGCCGCCGCCGCGCGACUACGAGGAGGAGGAGGGCUUCGGCUACAUCCGCGAGGAUGCGCCUAAGAUGCACGGAGCCUUCGAGGUGUACCGCAAGCCCUCUCGCGAGUCCUCGUGCGAGGCGGACCCCGAUGUGAAGUCGCUGCAGGAACAGAACGCGGUGCUGCGCCGCGUCUGCCGCGCCCUCUGCGCGGAGCUGGCUGACGCGCAGCGCGAGCGGGAAGCGCUGCGUCUGCGCCUCGAGGCCGACACCAACACGCUCUAGUCACACAUACACACACACACGCAUACAAAUACAGUGAAGCUAAAGGUAAUACAAUACCAGUGGGCGACAUUUAAAACCACACCAUUUUUCAUUCCUUACUGUAUGAUAUUUACCAGAACAAUGUGAUAAGCAACAUUUAUUAAACAGUCACAAUCGUAUAAUCCAAUUAUUUAUGCAAACUGAAUAACAAAAAAAAAUAUUUCUCAAAACAUAUUAUUUUUUACGAUAUAAUAUUGCUAUUCAAUAAGCGUAACAAUAUAUUUAUUGAUUAACAAUAACCUGCUUCAAACGAUGUAAAGUCGCCCACUGACAGUUCCCCACAGGUGGCUAUUUCAAUUCCAUUCGUCUAUAUUUUCGUGCCUGUCAUAGUUUUGUUGAUUGUGUAAUCUCAUAUAAUGAAAAUCAUUUUUGAACGAUUUAUUAUAUUUAGUAUUCAUCACUAACUGUUAAUACUUUUGUAAAGACAUAAUAUCUUGGUCUGUUUAUACACCGAGCUAUGUAAGAUGCAUUUUUUACUUUGAAAAAGCGUUUAACCUACGAACUACGCCUCUGCCUCCGCAUGUGUAUACUAAGAAUGGCCUACAUUUAUUAUUCGCUUUCAUUACGUUUAAAGAUUUAUUUAUCACCAGUCAAUUUGGUCUCAGUUAAUUUGUGUACUAAUAAAAGUUUCAUUUCUGCGUUUUUUUACAUAUAAUAGGUAAAAAAAACGAUUUAUGCUUGAGGAAUUUUAUAUAGCUCGGUGGUGUUAUUAAACGGAUCUUAAUAUAAAAAAAUGAGGCUAAACCCACGAACAUAAUAUUUGCGAUCAUUUUGUUCAUUUUGUCUCUUGUCCUAUGAUUAAAAAUAUGUUAGAAAUGGCGUAAAAUAUUUUUUAAAAUCUACG